UCCGUGCGGUUUUAUAUGUUUCGGUUGGAGAGGUAGAAGAGGAAGAAGGUGGGCUGGGGAGAUGGAAUGCGUUUGCUGGAAGAGGAGGAGUGUAUGACUGUGUAAUUAAAUGAAAGAAAAAAAAUCGGGAGACUGAUUUGUCAGGAUCGAAGCGACCGGAGGGUGUUGCUGGUAUUUGAUAUUAUAUCAAGUUUGAAAAGCAAACACCGCGGGAUCAGAAAUUUGGCGCCUGCUAACAAUCAUAUUGCACUUGUGAACGAGUUUUAUUUUUUGAUUCGCUCGCUAAAACUUGGGGGUAUUCCUCGAUUGUAGUGGCGGUAUUUUCUGUUAUUCAUUUAAGCGAAUUCUAACUGAUGCAUCCGGCUGGUGUGAAGUUCAUCUGGUUGGAUCUUCUGUUCGUCUGAGGCGCAUAGGGAACGGGACGUAUACGCGUAGAGCCUUUGGAUUUGCAAAGAUCCUCGGUGUUCCUGGAUAAGACGCUUCGCUUGGUUUCUAAUAAAGAGAACUUCACAGAAGUUGCAGCUCACUAGCCAAGAAUGAACCGAUAAGAUCCAUUUACCUGUUCUUCCGGGGGACUUUUUGGAGCGAUCGAAGUAUCUUUUUUGGUCGAACAAGGUCAUGAUGUAUUCUCCGAUUUGUCUGACUCAGGAUGAGUUCCAUCCCUUCAUCGAGGCUCUACUCCCUCACGUCAGAGCGAUCGCCUACACGUGGUUCAACCUGCAGGCCCGCAAGCGCAAGUACUUCAAGAAGCACGAGAAGCGUAUGUCCAAGGACGAGGAACGAGCGGUCAAGGACGAGCUGCUGAGCGAGAAGCCCGAAAUCAAGCAGAAGUGGGCCUCCCGUCUCCUGGCCAAGCUCCGCAAGGACAUCCGGCAGGAGUACCGCGAGGACUUCGUGCUGAGCGUCACCGGCAAGAAGCACCCGUGCUGUGUGCUGUCCAACCCUGACCAGAAGGGCAAGAUCCGGCGCAUCGACUGCCUGCGGCAGGCCGACAAGGUGUGGCGGCUGGACCUGGUGAUGGUGAUCCUCUUCAAGGGCAUCCCUUUGGAAAGUACGGACGGGGAGCGGCUAGUCAAAUCUCCGCACUGUACCAAUCCUGCACUUUGCGUCCAGCCACACCACAUUACCGUUUCGGUCAAGGAGCUGGACUUGUUUCUCGCCUAUUAUGUCCAGGACCAAGACUCACAGCAGUCAGGAAGUCCCAGUAACAAUGAGCCAGGCAAGACUCCAGCGUACCUGGAGGACAGCUUCAUCAAGUCGGGUGUCUUCAGUGUGACUGAGCUGAUCCGUGUCUCAAGGACUCCUAUCACCCAAGGGGCCAGUGUGAACUUCUCCAUGGCCGACAUGCCCAGUCAGCCGUACUACCACGACCUGAACUCCAGUGUUGGAGGACUGCACCGUUCCCUGUCCUCGCCACCCGGCAGCAGAAGCGUCAAGACGAUCCAUCGAGGAUGCUGUAUGGAGACCAGCCCCACUGGACCGGACUUCUACUCCUCCCCCAGCUCACCAGCCAGCGGCAGCAGGGCGUGGCACAGUGAGAGAGACCAAGACAUGUCCUCCCCCACCAUGAAGAAGCCAGAGAAGCUGUUUAGCCCCACCUCCCCACAGGACUCCUCCCCCCGCCUCACCAGCUUCCCCCAGCACCACCACCCUGGACUGGGCCACAGCGGUCCGCCCCCACUCCCCACUGCUGGGUUUGACGUGAAGCCAUCUUGCCCCGGCUCCGUCGUCCCUGCCUCCCACCCCACCUCCGCUACCAUGCCUCAUUUGGCCCUCAAGAACUUCGUACCGCCUUACGACCCGUCCAGCCCUCAGAGCAGCCAGCCUAACAGCAGUGGUCAGGUGGUAGGUAAAGUGCCGGGCCAUUUCCCAGUGUUGGCUCCCUCUCCACACCACGGCGCUGUGAGACCAGUCACUCUCUCCAUGCCCGACACCAAGCCCAUCACCACCUCCACCGAAGCCUUCUCGGCACCAGGCACCCCAACAUCGAACCGCUUUGUUGGCCUCAGCCCCAGAGACCCAGCCUUUCUGCACCAGCAACAGCUGAGGAUAUGUGACUGGACCAUGAAUCAAAACAGCAGGCCUUAUGGUCCCAGUGCUUCUGAGGAAUCUUUGGGGAUUGCUUGGCAAAGCAGUCCUGGUACCUGGGCGAGCUUAGUUCCAUUCCAAGUGUCGAACGGGACUCCGAUUCUGCCAGCAAAUGUCCAGAACUACAGCAUAAACCUCACUGGUGAGGCCCUCCUCCAGGCUGAGACGGGCAACUGAGAGGGCCAAUCAGGGCCCAGACCCGGGAUGAUUGACAGGUCCGUGGACAAACCAGCAAGCAGCACUUAUACAAUCUCCACUGGCCCUUGGCCCCGCCUUCCCCAGGGGUCAUUGGUCAAGAACAGAUGAGUGGGCGGGGCUGAGCCUUCUCUGUGGUCCCAUUGGCCAGCCAGUCUUUGUGUGAGGACGUUCCCCGGAAGUGUUUUGAGAAUGCUGUGAUGUUUCCCCCAUCCCCUUACAAAACUUUAGAUGCCUUAAUGUUUGCAUGACAUGCUAGUCUCUGUCUUCUCUCUCUCCCUCUCUCUCUCUCAAUCUGUUUAUCGAUCAAUCUAUCUACCAGUCUCUAUCUCUGUCUUUUGUUUUGGACUGUGAUAGUCUCUAGUGGUUUACGGGGCAGGUGUCGGGGGCUGGCUCUCACAUGGACUGUCUGGCUGGUUGGGGGGGAGGGGUCAGAUCGUGGGGGAAGACCCAGCGAAGGCGUCCUCCUCCUCCUACGGAAGGUCUGCAGCCCUCCCAUUCACUGCAGAGGCAUAAGAAACACAUCUUUUCUUUGGGAAAUUUGAACGUUUCUAGUUUUUUUAUGUUUCUUUUUUGUUCUCUUUUUUUCUGUAGAAAUUUCAUAUUACUGUGAUGCAGACAUAUUGUUCCAGAACCUGUACUCGUAUCUUGUUUGGUCCAGUACUUAACCUUUUUAUUUUCAAAACGAUUGCUUGUACACUACAGAGUUUUAAACUCUAACUGAAACAGUUAAAAACAAGAAACCUAUUUUAUUAGGUUAAGUUCAUGACCCCUUUUUGAACAAUUCAGAUAUCUCCUUUAAAAAGGACUGAAAGCAAACAAAAAAAAGACAAAAAAAGAAAAUGAGAUCUCAGAAGAGGCAAGUGCAAUUUAAUUAUCAUACUGAAGGGAAGCUAUCAUAGUCUGUCAGCCCUAAGACUCUAAAGGAUGGGGGAAUACAUGUUUGUUUUUUUCUAAGAAACAUUAAAAGAGAAAAAAAAAACAUUUUUAAUUUGCAUCCUCGAUUCUGAAGAUGGGGGAACAAAAUUGAUCGUGAGUGCGUCUCAUCCAUUUUGGCAGGUGCAGAGAUCGGUUUGAUCACACAGAAGUGAGAGAGUGAUCCCCCACUAGGGCGGAUUCCAACACUAUUUAUUUAGGGUUAAACAACAACAAUAACAUAAAUGAAAGAAAACAAAAUAGGCAGACAAAAGAGAAGUGUGAAAUAUAAAAAAACACACACACACACGUAGUGUAUAAAAAUGGCUUGUGAUGACACACCGGCAUCAUCCUCGCAAUCAUGAAUCUUUUGGCCGUGGGCUUAUGAAGCUACUGUUUACAGAGAGUAAAAAAAAGCUAAAAAAUAUAAAAACGCAGCAGAAAAAAUAAACAGUGGAAAGACAAGCAGUAGAACACAGGCUAUUAAGCUCAUUUAAGAAACGCCUUGUGUGCAUAUGUGUGUGUGUGUGUGUGUGUGUGUGUGCAUGUGCGAGCAUUUGUUUGCAUAUGUGUGUGUAUGUAUCUCUGUGUGUGUGUGUGUGUGUGUGUGUGUGUGUGUGUGUGUGUGUGUGUGUUCUGAUUACUCCUGCACUUAUCCUCCCCUCAAUGAAAUGGGAGUGAGUUGGCUGCAUGCUAGUCCAGUCCAUCAGAGCCAGAAAGGGUUGCACUCUCUCUCUCUGUCUCUCACACUAACUAAACAAAUAGGUGAAUAAGUAAAGCGUGGUGCAUGGCAGGGUUCGCUUGCCUCUGUCUCUCCAAUCCAGAUAUAUUUAUAUAACUAAUCUUUCCAAUAAUCUUAAUUUGCACGAAAAUAUAUAGUCCACAUUACGUGCCUUGCCUUUGAAUAUAGAGAUGACAUCCCUGGACAGUGGCAGACUCUGAGGUGAGCCUGGGCCGGGCUCGGGCUGAGUGUGGGCCACAUCUGGGCCGGAGGCGCCACAGAGUCUGUUGGUAUCUGGGUCACUACACUUGUUUUUUGCUGCAUUUAUUACCAUUUUAGACAAAAAAAUAAAAAAAUUAACAUUUUUACGAUAAGAAAUAUUUUGUACUCUGGAUGAAAUUGUUGACAUUGUUGAUUUUUAACUUCAUUUACUAUAUAUCACAUUUACAGUGCAUAUCAAGGCUGUCUAUAGUUGCCGUUCUAAAAAUGUAUAAUCAACCAGCAUAAUUUUCAGUAUUUUUGGUGUUUUUUUUCUUCUAAUAACCCUUCAUUUUUGUUUAUUUUAAAUAGUUCAUUUGUUUAUUUGUUUUUAUUUGUUA